AUGUCGGUGUACGCAAACUCGCAGCUGCAGCCCUCGCAGAACCAGCUGCAACAGCAGAAGAGACACCAGCAGAGACUCAAUGAGUUGUUGGAUGCCGUCAAGCAGGAGUUUGAUUUCGCCUUCAACGAGGCCUCCAACUACUCCAAGGUCAAGGAGGACUACGACCUCAAAUGCAACCAGCAGACCGCCGAGAUGCAGCAGAUCCGCCAGACCGUCUACGAGCUUGAGAUGGCCCACCGCAAAAUCAAGGAGGCCUACGAGGAGGAGAUCUUGCGUUUGAAGACCGAGUUGGAGAACAGAGACAGACAGGCCCACCUGGGCAAGCCCAACGGCCAGCCUACGCCUCAGUAUCCUUACUCCUACCAGCAGCAGCAACCCCAGCAGCCCCAGCCUCCGCAACAACCUCAACCUCCCCACCAGCCUCUGCAGCCCUCUCUGAUCAAACAACCCAAGACCGAGGCCAAGAAGCUGCCCAACGCUUCGAGGUCCGAGCCCGUCAAGGACGCCCCCAAGCCCCUGGAGUUUUCUUCCGCCUUGACCGUGGUCGACAAGAGCCAGUACAUUGUCAACCCUCAAGAGAAGAACUUGCACGUCAAGGAGAUCCCUCCUUUCCUCUCCGACUUGGACGUGGCCAAGGCUAACCCCGACUUCAAAAAGCAGACCCCUGAGUUCUACGUGCUCUACAACCCAGCUUUCAAGCGCGACUUGGAUGUCGACUUGGUCCAGUCCUUGGACCACUCCUCCGUUGUGUGCUGCGUGAAGUUCUCCAAGAACGGUGAGUUCAUCGCCACUGGCUGCAACAAAACCACCCAGGUGUUUGACGUCAAGACCGGUGCUUUGAUCGCCAAGUUGAUCGAUGACAACUCCUCCAAUUCCAACGCUAUCGAGGGCGAAGGUGACGGUGACUCCAAGGACGGUGCUGCCAACUCCCAGGCCUCCGCCAACGCCAAUGGCGACUUGUACAUCAGAUCUGUCUGUUUCUCUCCCGACGGAAAGCUUUUAGCUACCGGUGCCGAAGACAAGUUGAUCAGAAUCUGGGACUUGUCCACCAAGAGAAUCAUCAAGAUCUUGCGUGGCCACGAACAGGACAUUUACUCGUUGGACUUCUUCCCAGACGGUGACCGUUUGGUUUCUGGUUCCGGCGACCGCACCGUCAGAAUCUGGGACUUGAGAUCCUCUCAGUGCUCCUUGACCUUGUCCAUUGAGGAUGGGGUCACUACCGUGGCUGUCUCGCCAAACGGUAAGUUGAUCGCUGCUGGUUCCUUGGACAAGACCGUCAGAGUCUGGGACUCCUCUACUGGUUUCCUCGUCGAGAGAUUGGAUUCUGGUAACGAGAGCGGAAACGGCCACCAGGACUCUGUCUACUCUGUGGCUUUCUCCACCAACGGCAACCAAAUCGCCUCUGGCUCCUUGGACAGAACUGUCAAGUUGUGGAACCUUGAAGGCAAGGCUGAGGGUGCCGUCAGCGGCCAGUCCAUCGGUAAGAAGUCUAGCUGCGAGGUUACCUACAUUGGCCACAAAGACUUUGUCUUGAGUGUAUGCUCUACCCCAGACAGUGAGUACAUUUUGUCUGGAUCUAAAGACCGUGGUGUGAUCUUCUGGGAUCAGUUCUCCGGCAAUCCAUUGUUGAUGUUGCAAGGCCACCGCAACUCCGUUAUUUCUGUCGCUGUUUCAUUCAACUCGCUGGGCUCCGAGGGUGUGUUCGCUACGGGAAGUGGUGACUGCAAGGCCAGAUUGUGGAGAUGGAAGAAAAAACAGUAA